GGCACAGCCGAGGUUUGCGGCUGCGAGCGUGCGAGCGAACGAGCGGAGCGGCUGCAGCGCUGGUGGCCGGUGCCGGAUGCUCGCAGAUUCCCCGCUUCUCUGGAGCUCGUGUUCGGCUCUCGCAGCGCCAACUCGCCCCGGUCCGGGAGGAACCCGGGCGAUGCUGGGCCCGGCAGGUCCCGCGUCUCAGCCUCGGGGCUCCGAAGGAAAAAGCCGAGCUCUUGCAGGUGAGACCGCGGGCGAUCCGCGGUCUUCCUGCGGCCGCCUGAGCAUCGCAUCCCCGCCAGCCUCCGCCACGCAUCCUACCCCGGCGCCGGCGGCGCAGGGCGCGCGCGAGAGUGGGGACCAGGGCGGGGAAGGCGCGACCCGAACACCGAGGAUGGACGCCCGCACCUGGCGUCUGAGCUGGCGCUGUCUCCUGCUCCUGGCUCUCCUUGGGUCUACCCGGAGCGAGGGUGUGGAGAGCUGCGAAGAAGUUCGGAAACUUUUCCAGUGGCGGCUUGGGGGAGCUGUCAAGGGGCUGCCGUACACACCGCGGGCAGGACCUGAUCUUCAGGUUUGUGUGUCCAAAAACCCAACCUGCUGUACCAGGAAGAUGGAGGAGAGGUACCAGAUUGCAGCUCGGCAAGAUUUGCAGCAGGUGCUUCAGACGUACAGCUCAACAUUAAAGUUGCUAAUAUCUCGAAAUGCAGCUGCUUUUCAAGAGACCCUGGAAACCCUCAUCCGCCAAGCAGAGAAUUACACCAGUAUCCUUUUCUGCAACACCUACCGGAACAUGGCCUUGGAGGCGGCUGCUUCCAUCCAGGAGUUUUUCACCGACGUAGGGCUCUACUUAUUUGGUGCCGAUGUUAAUCCCGAAGAGUUUGUAAACAGAUUUUUUGACAGUCUUUUCCCUCUGGUCUACAACCAUCUCAUAAAUCCUGGCGUGACUGACAGCUCCCUGCCAUACUCGGAAUGCAUCCGGACGGCCCGCCAGGAUGUUAGCCCGUUCGGCAAUAUUCCCAAGAGAGUCAUGGGACAGAUGGCGCGGUCCCUGCUGCCCAGCCGCACCUUUCUGCAGGCCCUCAAUCUGGGCAUUGAAGUCAUCAAUACCACGGACCAUAUGCACUUCUCCAAGGAGUGCAGUCGAGCCCUCCUGAGGAUGCAGUAUUGCCCGCACUGCCAGAGCCUGAUGCUUAGCAAGCCCUGUGUGGGGUACUGCCUCAACGUCGUCAGGGGCUGCCUGGCCCACAUGGCAGAGCUCCACCCGCACUGGCAUGCGUACAUCCGGUCCUUGGAAGAGCUGUCAGCUGCAAUGCACGGGACCUAUGACGUGGAGCACGUGCUCCUGAACUUCCACGUGCUCGUCAAUGAUGCUGUGCUGCAGGCGCACCUCAAUGGGCAGAAGCUCCUGGACCAGGUGAAUAAGAUUUGUGGCCACCCAGUGAGAACAGCCACACAGAGCCCCCGUUGUACUUUUGAUCCAAGUAAGGAGAAGCUUGGGAUGAAGAUCUAUUCCAGGACCGGUGAAGAGACACUCGCCAACAGAAGAAAAGAAUUCAUCAACAGCCUUAGACUGCACAGGUCUUUCUACGGUGGCCUGGCUGACCAGCUUUGCGUUACCGAGUUAGCUGCGGCUGAAGGCAGGCCCUGCUGGAACGGGGAGAAUGUGGUUCAAAGCUAUGCUCAACGUGUGGUUGGAAACGGAAUGAAAGCCCAGUCUGGAAAUCCCGAAGUCAGAGUCCGAGGAGCUGACCCUGUGAUCAAUCAGAUUGUUGAUAAACUGAAGCAUGUUAUCCAGUUGCUACAGGGUAGAUCACCCAAACCCAGUGCAAGGGAGCUGCUUCAGCCAGGCAGUGGUGACGGCAUGCUGGAGCAAUCUAGUGGAGACUGUGAUGACGAGGACGGCUGUGGGGGAUCAGGAAGCGGAGAAGUCAAGAGAACCCUGAAGAUCACAAACUGGAUGCCAGACAGCAUGAACUUCAGCGAUGUCAAGGAAGUCCAUCGAGGAGACCGUGGAAAUACUCUGGAUACAACUGGAGCAGGAUGUGCACCAGGAACUCAGUCUAUGAAGCUUACUGUCAUGGGAAUGCUGAUGCUUCUUGGGUUUUGGUAAUGGCACUCUUCUCUCUGGACAUACCUUACUGGAGUCCUGAUUUAUCAUCCCUUAUCUCCUUAUGCCUGCAAUAGAAGAGCUAUUUUAAAGUAAUGACUGAAUUUAGGGAGAAGUGUGUCAUGCUAACUUCUUAGAAUUCAACUGGAAUGUCCACAGAGUACCUAGAAUUCAAGAUUCUGGUGGACUGUUUCAAACUUCCCAAAGUCUAACUUAAACCUUCUUAAAAUCUAACCUUAACCUAAAACUGUGAAAAACUCAGAAAUGACUUUGAAUAAGAAGGAUUUGGGUAUAUCUGUAAUUCUAUUCUUCUCAGUUUCAAACCCCUUCCUUUUAAAAUUGAGAGUGCUGUCAUGUGAGAGUCUGUUUGCCAGGCUCCGGGAAGCAAGUAAUAGUUCUUAAAGCCCCGGAAUAGAAAUAGAAUUAAAGUCAAAGCACACAAUGGCAAGUAUUAUGCAUGUGUCUUAAAGUGAGUCUUCCAUUUUUGCAAGUUAGAGAAAAAAAUUUAAAAGUCUGUGAGUUAUAGAGUAGAUUAGCAGGGUGAUUUCACAAAAGUUUACUGAAAGAGCUUGACUAUGUAUGUUUUUGCCACUAUAGCUUCUCCCUCCACUGAGCUGAGUAAUUUAGGGAAGCCCAUGUGACGACCCUUUUACAAUUCAUUGUAGUAUCACAACUCUCUCCUCCUUCCUCUUUACCUAAAAAAAAUCUAGUUAUGUCUGAAAGCACACUUGUAUAAUCUAAUAAAGCUGUUGACGAUUUGAUGAGAAAUUUUAAAGAAUAUUAUAGUCAUCUUAUCCCCAUUUUGAAAAUGUUAAUGGUUACAUUUUUUGAGCAUCAUAUGGAGCAAACCGUUGGCUAUCCUUGCCUAAGGUCUGAUGAAUAUCUUGCAACAGGUAAUAAGACAGAGCAUGAGGCAUACAGGGCUUUAGCUCUCUUCCUCAGCAGGGAAGUUGCUAAUCCACCAUCCCAAAUUUCUCAGCUGUGAUGAGUUGCCUCCUCCACAGACAGAUAGGGGACUUCUAAAACUGCACUGAAGCAAAGAGAGAACAGUCAAUUUUUACUAAGAACUAUCACACCUGGCUGUGGCCAGGAACCAUAACGGAUACUGAGCAAAAGAAAAGGGAAAGGAAAUGCUGAACUUCUUAAGCAAAUAAUUCAAAAGGAUUUAAAAUGAUCUCUGACAAGGGUGGUUGUAAAGGACUCAUUUCAACAGCCCACAUGACAGAGGCAGAAUUAAUUUCCCUAAGUCAGUAAACAAUAUAUGAUCAAACACUGUCUUUCUAGGUUCUCAAUAGGUGACUGGAUGUUUUGAAAGUUUAAAACUCCACAACAACUGGAGAGUUGUCAGUUUAAAUUACAAUACUUUGAACUGCUCGAACAGAUUUUAUUGUCUACUCAGGCACAUUUUAAAACUGGAACCAGCAUUUCGCCUGCUGGUUCUCUGUGUUAUUUUCUUAGGCUGCUGUUCCAAGCAGAGAUGGCUAACCCUUGACCCUUUACCUGCACUCAACCCCUCAUGCUCCACAAAUUACAAACUUAAACUUCUUUGUUCCACAAGUUUCUCUCUUAUCUCAGCCCUUUAUUGACAUCACUAUCUCAGAAAGAAAAUGAACAUUAAAUCACUUAUGCAAUCUUUCUGCUGCCAAGGUUAGUUUUCUCUAGAAAAAUGUCUGGGUUCCCAAAUUUAGGGGAAACUCAUUUUCAAUACCCAGUCUGAAGAGCACAGUACAGGGUUCUAAGGUGUAUAUUUACAAAAUUAGUUGGUUCAAGAUAAUUCAGGGCAUUACUGGAAAUGAAUAAGAGCAGAGAAAUAAUAGAAUCAAUGGGUACAUUUUGUAGACUACAUUUUAUGUUCUCAAGUAUAUGAUGUCUAUUUCCAGCUAUGCACUUUGGAGACAAUACAUGUCAGAACAAGCUGUGAGCGCUCAGAGCCCUAGGAGGUUUUCAGAAUUUCCUUAAGAGCCCGAGGCAUCAUUUCUAGCAUUCUUGGUGAGAGUAUUCAUCCUUUUGUAUCCCACUUGGUGAUAUUUGAUAUUUAUAUAGCAUUUAAUGCUGUAAAAAUUUCUUUCAAAUGAAACAAAACAUCUCUAAUGAACUCCCUCACUCUCAAGGGUGACUCUUAGUCAAACCGAAACAAUGGCAGCAAAUUUUCCAUAAUGUGACUCUAAAUCUGUUUCUGAUUGAUUUCCAUAAAUGAUAUCUAAGAGGGAUUAAGCAGGGUAAAAUGGUGUAAGUAUACACCUCAUUUCCGCAAGGACCUAAAAUACUGAAAUAUCACAUUUUAGUCAUAUUUUAUAUUGUAUAAUUUUGAUGAACUCAUUUCUGAGCCCUGAGUGGUUUGUAUACACAUUGAAGUACUCACAAAAUUGACUGCAGGGCUGGGGAAUGCAAUUCAGUUGUGUAUUGCAUACUGCAUGUGAGUGAGCUUCUGAAUUCAAUCCCCAAUGCCAGAAACUCCAAAGAAACUAUGAACAACAAUAACAACAAAUAUAUAUAUAUAUAUAUAUAUGUAUAUAUACAUAUACAUAUAUAUAUAUAUAUAUUUGCAAAGAAGGAAACUAAAAAGAAAGAAAAGUCAGCAACAAAAACCCUUUGUUCUUAACUGAUUGUCUUGUAUCUCUGGGGGGAGAGUUGGUUAAGAAUCAGAGCUAGCAUUUACUUGCCCAUUAUUCUUCAUAGACACGGUGACAAAUGAGUUUAUUGAAUUUAUGCACAAUCUCUUUCGAUCGUCCCAAUAACAUUAUCACCUGUAUUUUACCAAUGAGAGGAAUGAGGCUUGAGGGUACUAUGAAAUUUGUCUGAUGCCAUGCAACUAAUCAUUGUAUAAUUAGAUUGGUGCAUGUGAGGACUUUGAAAAAGAUUAUUUACAUUCCUAGCUCAAAAGCAACAGUGUUUCAAAGCAAUAGAGAAAAAAAGUAGGUGUUAACAUUAAAAUGAUCCAGAUUUAUUUAACUGUCUAAACUAGUGUUUUCAAAUCAAGUUGUAUUGACUUCAUACUUUCAUCACUGACAAACUGCAUGCAGAUUUGCAUAUUAAAUGUAAGCAAGGUAAGCAUGGACUUUUUGCUCCGGCCAUUGCUCAUCUCUGACACAUUCAAAUCACAUUCAGAUAUAUCGGCUCCCACAUAAAUAAAUAAAUAAAUUAGCCAUCAACUAUGAAAAAGAAGACAGCACUAUUGGAACUAUCAUGGACCCAUGAAAUUAUUUUUUGUUUCCCUUGCUAAUGAUGGGGAUAAAAUGUCUUGGCCUGAAAAAACAGGAUAAAAUUAAAGAAGGAAAUUUAAAAAGGUAGAAGGGGGAGGAGAGAGGGUGGAGUGAAGGAGUGGAAAGGAAUGGGAGAAAGGAGAAUAAGGAAGGGAGGGAGGGGAAAGGAGAGGGGCAAGUUGAUGAAUGUGGAGUAAUCUUGCUUUUAUACAGGAUUAACCUUUAAAUCUACUGUUUGUUCAGGGGCAUCUUGUGCAUAUGGGGAUGCUGACCAUAUUUUCUCCUCACUAAAUGGCAGAAGUUAAUGAGAUAUUUUCCCCAAACACUCGUAUCUACUGAAGUGUUUGCUAAGGACACUUUGGAAAGGACUCAAUUAGGUUAUUGUUUUCCGACACAUAACUUUCUGCUUUAUCUCCAGAGCCCUUCAAGUACAAAAAAAUUGUUUUUUUCUUAGUACAUGAAUUUAUCCUGGACUUUUGUUAUUAUGUAAGAAAUUCACUGUGUGAAGGGAAGUCAGUAUUUUCUCAGAUUACCAAUUGUGCAUUCAAACAAAUUUACAUGGGUUAUACGAAACUAUAGUAAUAUUGUCAUGUAUAUCUUUGGGCAUAUCAGCAUUUUCUUUAAAUGCAUAUUAUUGUAUGUAAUUCAUUUCUAAUUAAAAUAUCAAUAAAGCACAA